GUGAAUUCUUUUUCCUGUUUCUGCUUUCAGGACCUGGGUUUCAGUGAUGAGACAUGGGGUAUGAUGUAACACGUUUCCAGGGGGAUGUUGACGAGGACCUUAUCUGCCCUAUUUGCAGUGGAGUCUUGGAGGAGCCAGUACAGGCACCUCACUGUGAGCAUGCCUUCUGCAAUGCCUGCAUCACCCAGUGGUUCUCUCAGCAGCAGACGUGCCCGGUAGACCGCAGCGUUGUCACGGUUGCCCACCUGCGCCCAGUGCCUCGGAUCAUGCGGAACAUGUUGUCAAAGCUGCAGAUUGCCUGCGACAACGCUGUGUUUGGCUGCAGUGCUGUAGUCCGGCUUGACAACCUCAUGUCCCACCUCAGUGACUGCGAGCACAAUCCGAAGCGGCCUGUGACCUGCGAGCAGGGCUGUGGCCUGGAGAUGCCCAAAGAUGAGCUGCCAAAUCACAAUUGCAUUAAGCACCUGCGCUCCGUGGUUCAGCAGCAGCAGACUCGAAUCGCGGAACUGGAGAAGACGUCUGCUGAACACAAGCACCAGCUGGCGGAACAGAAGCGAGACAUCCAGUUGUUGAAGGCAUAUAUGCGUGCAAUCCGCAGUGUCAACCCCAACCUUCAGAACCUGGAGGAGACGAUUGAAUACAACGAGAUCCUCGAGUGGGUGAACUCCCUGCAGCCGGCAAGAGUGACCCGCUGGGGAGGGAUGAUCUCCACCCCUGAUGCUGUGCUCCAGGCAGUAAUCAAGCGCUCCUUGGUGGAGAGCGGCUGCCCGGCCUCUAUUGUCAAUGAGCUGAUUGAAAACGCCCAUGAACGGAGCUGGCCCCAGGGUCUUGCCACGCUAGAGACAAGGCAGAUGAACCGGCGCUACUAUGAGAACUACGUGGCCAAGCGCAUCCCUGGCAAGCAGGCCGUUGUGGUGAUGGCCUGCGAGAACCAGCAUAUGGGUGAUGACAUGGUGCAGGAGCCUGGGCUCGUCAUGAUAUUUGCGCACGGUGUGGAGGAGAUCUAAGCGUCACGGGCUGUGAGGAAGAGGUAGAAUUGGAAAAACCCAUUGCUCCAGCUGCUGAGCCCUGACGCCUCCCACUGUCCUUAUGCCAUGGCCUGUAAUUGAGCCACGUACUCCCUGCUUUUCUGGCACGAAGGACCUUGGGGCGCUUUGCUGAGCCUCUCAGCGGAUGAACACAGAUUCCUGCCUUCUGCCAUAUCCCUUCCCCCCACAAUGUCUGUCAAGUUUCAGUCUGGGUGGGAGAACCCCACUUCUGUAUUUCCUGCCUCAGAUCCCUGGUUCCCAAAUAUUUUCAGAAAGCACAAAGAAAUUUGUUUUCCCUAGAGAA